CAUCAAAUGUUUUGCUACUCACUUCUUGAUCUCGAUCAUCAAUAAUUCACCUGUGAGCUUCUAGAUACAGGAAGGAGAUUUCCACGCUCUGUUAAAUCUAUAAAGAAACCCGUAUCCGAAGGUUUUAAGAAAACGUCCAAACCAAAGGGAUUAUUGGGAAAACUACUGUGGAGAUCCGUUUCUGGUGUUUUACAAUGUUCAUUAUUAUAUUCAGUAAGGCUAUGUUCACAAUGCUGAUUCUUCUGAUUGGGGUGGCUUUGUAUAUUGAACUAGUAGUGGCACAAAACGACACGGAGGCCAUUGUUCUGGAGGGCAAGUGUCUCGUGGUCUGUGACUCCAAUCUAGCAAGUGAUUCCAAAGUUUCGUCCUCUCCACUUGGGAUCUCUGUCCGUGCAGCGAACUCAAAAGUAGCUUUCUCAGCCGUGAGAAGCACUAACCACGAGCCUUCUGAGAUGAGCAACAAAACUAGAAUCAUUUACUUUGAUCAGAUCCUUGUAAACAUAGGCAACUAUUUCACUUUGGAAUCCGUUUUUUUAGCACCAAGAAAAGGAAUUUACAGUUUUAACUUUCAUGUCAUCAAAGUAUACCAGAGCCAAACCAUUCAGGUAAAUCUGAUGUUAAAUGGAAGACCUGUCAUUUCUGCAUUUGCUGGAGAUAAGGAUGUCACCCGUGAAGCCGCCACUAAUGGAGUUCUGUUAUUUCUAGACAAGGAGGAUAAGGUUUAUCUGAAACUGGAGAAGGGAAACCUUGUUGGAGGGUGGCAAUACUCUACAUUCUCUGGGUUUCUGGUUUUCCCCCUGUAAAAAGGGAGUGCUCCCCAAGCAAGCUCCAUUCACUUGUGGUCUAGUUAUCAUCUCCGUUUAGUAAACUCUUCAACGUCAAUGGAUUUCAUCUCUGAAUCCCAGUCCUGCACAGUGACUUUGUAUAUCAGCUGGAAAGAAAGUGACAAGAGAAAGAAAGAAAGAAGACAUCUGAAAAUGUGUCAGGCGUGACAUGCUUGUUCUCCAAAACUUGAACUUCCAUUGGCAUUACCCUGUAGUUUGCUCAUCUCAAAGCAUCUUCCGUCCUUGAUUGGGUUUCUCUGAAAUUGUAGUGGUAAGUAAUUAUGAUAAACAACCAAAAUCAUCAAUUAAAAAUAAAUAAUUAAAACAAAUACAUAUAUAAAGGUCUUUAGGUGUUUCCUGUACAAGAGUUUCCCCUCACAAGGGGGCUGUUUGCAUUUUGUUUUUAAUACUGUUCCUUGCCCACAGUACAGUGCAUGACACAUCAUAGCCCCCUACUGUGGCAGGUGGUAUCAGAAUGACAGACUGGCACAAAGGGAAAACGAGAAAAUGAACAAAGAUGGGAUGUUAUGAAGUAUAGGUUAAUUAUGAAAGAAUGUAGUAUAAAGUCACCCAGAAGUACCAUAAAACCAAACUACAGCUACAUGAUGUAAUACAGAUGUAAUUAAAGCAAUAGAAAGACAUUAUUAAUUUAAACUCAGCCCCAUUCGUUUCAGUACACCGGCACACCGAACUUUAAAUGCAUAUUACUCAGGCAAUGUAAAAGCCACCUACGUGGUUUAAAAGUACAGACCCGGCACUUUUCAAUGACGUGUUCACUGUUGGUAGGCAGUAUUCCUAGCUGGGGCUACGAUCACCUGAAGGUAAGCCACUCAUUAUGUGACAGGGGUCACCUGCUUAUGUUUCGUUGUGAGUCGAUUAUUGUAGCAGCCAGAUAGAAAACUUAGACAGACUCUCAUUUAUACCAAAUGUUCCCAUAUAUGUAGCUCAGAGAGAAAACUACAGCCUUCAGAAUGCAAUAGUACAGUCCUGUGAGGUGGGUGUAUUUCAGUGCUGUGACUCAAAAAAUACAAAGCCCAGCCAAUCGGAUUAGAUAUGUUCUGAAAGGGCAGGCUUAGGCAUUUCCAGUGCAAUGAGAGAGAGAGAGAGAGAGAGAGAGA